AUGGACCUCGACAACGUUAAAUCAGAUCUUGUAACAAGAGAGUUUCUCGCCGUCGUCUUGGCCGGCUUUGGCAACGACCUUGUCCCUCUGACAAGCGACUACGGCGACGAACCAUGCCCCAAGUCUCUACUUCCGAUUGCCAAUAAACCACUACUGGAGUAUACUUUACUGUGGUUAGAACAGUCCGGAAUCAAAGAUGUCCUUCUCAUAUGUCCUACCACGCACCGGUCCUCCAUCUACCACCACAUACACUCUGAUGUAUCAUCUUCGUCUCUGAGGAUCGACCUCCAGACUUAUGAUGAAUCUCAAGACAGUAACACGGGUACUUGUGCACUCCUUCGCCACUUUUCGAAUCGCAUAUCUGAGGAUUUUGUGGUCGUACCUUGCGAUUUCAUCCCCCCGCCCUCUCUCCCCUUAAGUCUCUUAUUGAACAAAUUUAGAAUAGAUGCCUUGUCGGAAGCAUGUAUGGCUACCACAUGCUGGUAUACAUCCCGAGCUCCAGAGAAAGGCACGGUUCCAGAAGAAUGGGGUCCUGUUUCUUCACCAUCGCCGCUUGUGUGGGAUCCAUCUACAGGGACAUUGCUGUAUGUAGACACUCCAGACGACCAAGACCGAAAUGGGGAUGAAGUUGACCUUAAGAUGUCCUUAUUAUCAAGAUUUCCUCGCGUCAAAUUAUCUGCGUCGCUGAAAGAUUCCCAUGUUUAUGUUUGCCGGCGUUACGUGCUUGAUUUGUUACAUGAAAAACCACACUUUCUUUCUCUGAAAGAAGAAUUUUUCCCGUGGCUUUGCAAACUUCAGUACCGGCGCUCGAAACGAGUAAAAUAUGGAAAAACCUUGCGUAACAUGGUGGAACCUAAAUCUCAAGCCAUUUCGUUACAGCAUUCAAGCUUCGUCGACAAAAGCAGCCAAGCUCAUCAAAUCGAUUCUCCCAUCGAACCCGACGACGAACUAGUACAGACCAAAAUUGGUGUGAUUGUACAUGACAAAGAGUCGGAACCAGCAAUGCGCAUAAAUACCUUGCAGACAUUUUUCGAAGCAAAUAAACGAGUCUUGUCCGGCACUACCUACAGCUUGCCUGUAGAUCCAAAAAAUCGGUCAUUGAUUGAUCAGAGAGCGCAAAUAUCGAACGAUUCCAUAGUUGGAGAAUCUACACAGAUAUCUGAACGUACGACCAUCAAAAGAUCUGUUAUUGGUCGGCAUUGUAUUAUCGGCAAAAUGGUCAAGGUCACUGGUUGCGUACUGCUAGACCAUUGCAUUAUCGAGGAUGGAGCUAAGCUAGAUAAUUGUAUCCUGGGCAAGAACACCCAAGAGGAACACUCCGUGAAGGGCGAAAAACUCGAAGUAUCAGACUGGAUGGCAACACCAGACACGACUGUAGCUGAACAUGAUUCAGAUGACAACGAAUAA